UCCGGAAAAAUCAGUUCGAGGUGAAUUGUCCUGCGGAAAAGGACGACUGUGCGCGCUUUGAGAAAUAGUUGAAACAAGUUUGCUGGUGCUUUCCAGGAGUUUUUGGUGGAAAUAGUUUUCUGGGAAAAGUGGCAGAUUUUUAUCUGCAGAGUUUAGCGGCGUUCAAAAUGGGCCUGGAUUCUGGAUGAAGAUUGGUUUCCGAGACGGAUUAGUUUGCAGGAAUCUGGAUUUGGAGCAGAAUGUUCCAUAGCAGGAAAAAUUUUUGAAUUAGGGCUUAGAUUUUUUCUUACCAAGCACCGUCUGGUUGUGGUGGAAAAUGUCAAGGACCGCUCCCUUGAAACUGGAGCGGAUGAAAUUUGUGCUGAACAACGGUUGGUUUCCUGUGUGAAAGUUUGGCCAAUCCGAAUCUUCGGAUGUCCGGAAUGACUUCGAACAAUCACGGGAUUGAGUUCUUGAUCUUGAGUUUCAUCUGAGGACGCCCCUAGGUCUCCAGAGCUCGUGCGACCCAUUGGGGGUUCCAGAAAACGAGGUUAAUUAGAUUAAAGUAAAACAAGAAUCUCACACAAUCGUUCACGGUCGAUGAAGAGCUGCUGCCUGUUUUCGAGUGUUCGAGUGUUUGUAUUUGGCGGUGGCGCUCUGUGAGGGUGUUGUAUAAGAUUUACUUAAUCCUGUGAGUCCCCUCCUCAAGAGAGUGUACUUCAAGUGGACCUACCACCCUCUAGAAAAACCACCCUGUCACAACUCCCUCAUCCACUAUUUUCCAACAAACUCACACACAGGCUCCAAGAGCAAUUUUUCAAUUCAACGAGGAGCAGAAGAAAAAAAAAGUGUGGAAGCAGAAGUGUCAAGUGAUUGAACCGCGUGCUUCGAGUGUUCAUCACAUCGUGUUUCUUGUGGGAAGCAGAAGAAGAAAAAAAGUUGAAAGGAAAAUCCUGCGGAAAGCCGAAGGAAUUUUCGUGGUUGCGUUCCAUGGAAAUGAGCAGUAGAAGAAAAGGCAAAUAGAAAACCGUGCAACAACCAACGGAAGCAAGAAAGAGAGGGAGAAAAAAGAGGGGGAUCAAGUACCGAGGCGGGGGUCGAGAGGAAGAGCAAAAAGUGAAUGAAUUACGAGCGCUAACUAAGCCUUAAUGCUGCGGGAAGGACGACCCGUCAAAGUGGGAUUGUGUCAGGACCAUAUUUAUUAGCGGGCGUCCUGUCUGUGGAGUAUCUACCGAAUGACAACACAGCCCAGUAACAAAAAAAAAGGUCAAGUGGGAGCAGAAGCAACGAUAUUAACACCGCAACUGAAGAAGCUGGGAAUCAAAUAAAAAAAACGUCGGCUACUGUUGGCAGGAUCAAGGAAUCGAGUAGAAGAAUCAAGUGAAGAAGGUCACUGGGGACUUAAAGUUCCAAACGGAAGGAUCCUGUUCGAGGAAGGUGGAAUCGUGGAACAUCGGAAGCGCCUAUAAGGAUUUUCACUGAAGGUGUUGAAGGAUUAAAGGAAAAAAUUGAAAAUGGAACAAGAGUGUAAGAUAGUGCAAUGAAUUGAUGUGUAAGCUUUAAGUGUUCAUCUACUUGAUAAUUGUGCUAUGAGGCAAUGGAACAUUGUUCAUCGGAAGUUGUGAAAUUUAAACGUUACGGAUCGACCAUAAGGAAUCGAUAGAUUUUAUCUGCAAAAUGUGCGAAAAUUCAAAGUGUGUCAAAAUCUAGCGAAUCGUAGAGGAAGAAAAGUGUCUUUCCAUCAUAUUUCACCUCGACCUCACAUACUCGAAAGCAAUUUUCUCAUCGGAAAAAGUUCAACCUUCACCCACCCCCACUUGCUCUCUCUGGAAACGGAUCCCGCAUGGAAUCAGAAUGCUGCUCCGGAAAAUCUGCUCGUUUGCGGUUUCCCUGUAUUGGUGAUGUCCGGUCAAAAGAAGCGAGCGCGAGCGAGCAGGGAGAGAGGGAGUGCGAACACUCGACAAAACAUUCCUCAGCUCACGACACCACGGUUGGCCACAGUAUCACUUCCGCUUGAGGUCGCGUAACUUCCACGAAUCCGUCAACGAGUUGGAUGACAACACAGAGAGAGAACAAAAACGCGCUCUCGCAGCCAGAAGGAAUUCCGAAACAGUCGGGGGCGAAAGUGAAUAAUCAUCACGAUGAGCUUCGGCCGCUCACGACUCAUUGCCGAAAGUUUCAUCUCAACAUCAACAACAACCCACGAUUGUCUCGCCGCUCACCGGACACCCAAUCGGAAUACACUUAGUCGUCGUCCUUGGUGGUCCUCGGCUGCUGGUAGUUGUGUGCGCCAGUUCGGUUCACGAAAUUUGUUCCACUUUCGGUGCGGCGGAGAGGUUCAGUGUCACUGUCACUGACCGCGUUCAGUAAACGAAACAACGUGAAUCAUUUCGAGUGAGAUUGUAUGCGUAAACAACAAAACCUGCGAACGGAACAAUGCUAAGGAAUUCCACGUCAAAUUCUAAAUAUGUUCAAUAGACCACUAAUGCUACAAAACAGAAGUCCUAUAAAAAGUAGUAGGCGAAUGCAAUUCAAAUUCUGAUGACAAAACAAAUCUUCUUAAACAAAAGAAAAGAUUCCAAUUUGGAUUCGAGAUUGAUAAAGUCUUAAUAGAAGAAAAGUGUAAACGAAGGCAGAAUAGUAAACGAAGGGAAAGAUUAGUCAAAAAAUAUCACUAAAGAAGUAGGGGUGCGAAUUGUGCUGAAAAGAAUCCUAUAUUCGAUGUGGGGGGCAAAUACAAAAAUAGUGAAUCGAUAUAAAUACAGUGUGGUGGGGAAACACAGCAAAAAGUGUGUAACGUAUUCGAUUGCUUCAAAGUUGGAGAGUUGGCCGACUAAGGGAGUGAGAAAAAUCCGAAAAGUGUGAGAGCACGCUAAGAAAAGCCAAAAAGAGAGAGUGUGGUAACGAAUUGCGGGUGCAAACCGAAGUGAAGGCUAAUCGUGAGCUUGUAGAAAAGCUCAUCCAAGUGAGUAGCAGCAAGCAGUUGGGGGUAAAUAGGGCAGGAUUUAUCGUUGGAGGAAACGUAAAGCGAAGGAUAAGAAAGCAAAAGAAAAACUUCGAGUGUGUGUGCAAACAGAAGAAGGAAAUUUUCGUGCCGUCUGAAACAAAACAGUGCUGUGAGCGAGUGUGGUGCAACUAGAAGGAGGGAAAACCAAAUUCAUAAAAGAAGAAUCACAUAAAAAAGUGAAGCUGUAACUGUGUGUUACCUUCCAACUGGUUUUUUUUUCUCUCAACUUCAACGGGUGCAAUUUAUGAGGAUCAUCGUUGGAAAGCUGCAAAUACACCUGGCCGCCGUCGAGGAGCGAUAUGUGCUAAUGUAUGAGGAUGAGUGAUGGAUUUUCCGCUCGUUGAGGAUAAUAGUUUACAUUUGGGAUAACGCUAGCGGAAAAGGUGUGCGGAAAUGCGCUUAGGGGGCGCCCCCGGUGGCGGAGACCCCCUAGCGAUGGGUGCCGGGAACGAUUACGCCGAGCUGUGCGACCUGGGCCCGUCCCGCUGGAGCUCCAGGAGCGGCUACCAGCAGGUGAACUCGCCGCCGGUCAACUCGAUCUACCACCACACUGGCGGCGGCGGGGGCGGCAGUCUAGCUGGGGUCGGCAUUGGUGGCGUUGGCGGCGUCGGCGUCGGCCCUGGCACUGGUGGCGGAUCCAUCUCCGGAUCCAUGCCCGGUGGCGGCGUCGUCGGGAGCACCAUAGGCGGCGCCGUCGGCUCCAGCUCCGGGGCCACGAUCCGGUCCAACAGCUUCGAAGCCGAGGACGUCAUCGGCCCCUACGGGAGCACCCGGAUCGGGAACAGCACAAGCUCCCUGCGCGGACGAUCAGGUUUAUAUUACUCACCACCCGGUACUUCAUAUACAAUAGUAGAAAGAGAAAGACCACACUCUCCUCAUUAUUAUUAUAACACAGCCGGUGUCCCUUCCAAAGGAGGUUCAUUGCCAAGUAGAAGUAGUUAUUUAGAGUCAGCUAGCUUAGGUGUUUCAACUGGUGCAGGAACAGUUCCAAAUUCUACCAGACAUAAUGGUAAAAAGCGGCCUAUCUCGCCAGAGCAGGUCAUAAGAUUGUUUAACACAGCUAGUUCGUCUUCUUCAGUUCCUACUAGUUAUCAUAGCAAUGGCACGCGGCACGAUCGAGGCCGCCGCAGUCCUGCCAGCAGUCCGCCUUCUACCACCCACCAGAUCUACCGAGAUCGGGAACGGGAUCGAAGCAUUCCGAACAUCCACCAGCUGACGACGCGGACGGUCAACAUGUCCCGGGACCAGCAGACGGAUGCCAGCCAUGGUUUUGGCAUCUGCGUCAAGGGGGGCAAGGAUUCCGUAACAGGUGUGUACAUAUCGCGCAUCGAGGAAGGUUCGUUGGCCGAGCGGGCUGGCCUGAGGCCCGGGGAUUCAAUUCUGGAAGUCAACGGAACGCCCUUCACCUCCAUCAACCACGAGGAGGCGCUCAAGAGAUGUGUGCAGAUCCUGAAAUCGUCGCGGCAGAUCAGCAUGACGGUCCGAGCGCCUCCCGGUUCAGCGAGUUCGAUCAUGAACAGUUCGGCGGCUCCGCUUCAUGGCUUUGGGCCGCCUCCGAGUGUUGUGGGCAGCACCAGUCGACUGGCGGCAGCCGUGGCCGAUCCGUUGGGGACCUCGCUGGUCGGCGGAGUCAUCGGAGGUCCAGCAUCGGCUGUGAUGGCAGCUGGGGGAGGUCCCGUCUAUCCGCCGCCCCCGAACCGGCAAACCUGUUCCUGGAUGGACCGACAAGGGAGGCCGGCCUCGCCCCCCUACGAGUACGGCGGGCGGAGGCCGGAACGGAGGGAUCGAGUCCGACGGGUCGAAUUGCUAAUAGAGCCGGGUCAAUCCCUGGGACUGAUGAUUCGGGGCGGCGUCGAGUAUGGAUUAGGGAUUUUCAUUACCGGCGUCGAUAAGGAUAGCGUCGCGGACCGGGCAGGACUGAUGGUCGGCGAUCAGAUCCUGGAGGUCAACGGGCAGUCCUUCAUGGAGGUGACCCACGACGAGGCCGUGAGCCAGUUCAAGUUCCACAAACGGAUGUCGCUGCUGGUUCGGGACGUCGGGAAAGUGCCACACUCUUGUACCACCGUUGAGCCGGAACCGUGGGACGCCUACAGCCCGACCGGUGUGAGAACCCGGCGGAAAUGUCCCGUGUCGGCGAUGGUGGAGGAGAAAGCCAGAUCCUUAUUACCUCGUCAUCAUUUUGCUAACUUAUCAUAUUAUAUAGCGGAAUAUGGUGCUAGAGGAAUGACCAUAGAGGCCUUCGUAUCUGUUUUAUUAGAAAUGUUAGAUACACCCGAAAAGCAUACUUUAGUAACAGAAAUAAGAGAACUAAUUUUUCCUGAGGAUAGAACGCGAUAUGACGAACUUGUAUAUAGGAGAGGGAGAGACAUUUACGGUGAUCCACUAGAUAGGCAUAGGAGAAAAGAUCAUUUACCUCAUUCGCACGAUUUGCCGGUGUCCGACACGGAUCUGGAAGUAAUCGAGGCCACCGGUCGUGGUCACGCGGAGAACUCGUCCAACCCAGCCGCGGCAUCGGCCAUCCCGGACAUUCGCAAUCGACCGCCGGCUCCGCUUCCGUACCGCCCGAUGUCAGCCGGACCGAUUCUGCACCAUCAUCCGCAGACGCAUCGGCAUUUGAGCGAAAUGGGUCCCGGUGGAGGCACUCCGAGUCGCCUCUUUGGUCCCACUUCGCCUCCAUCGUCCGCCCUCGGGGGCCUUCUAGGGAUGAACCGACACAAGAUCUCCUCGUCCUCGAGCGAUGUAGUGAAACAGUUGAAGAGCAAGGAUUAUAAUGAUCCGUCACGACCUAGGAGAGGCAGCGAGACUCAACUGUCAAGGGCGGAUUAUGACUCGGGGAGCUACUUAGAUGGAUUACGAUCACAUUUAGGUGGCUUAACGCAACGAGUCAAAUCUUGGUACUGGGGAAGACCUCUCGAACUAGCGACAAAGUUAUCUAGAAGUUUUGAUAUGAAAGACGAAGGUGGAACGCUUUUAGGGUCAUCCGAGGCAGGUGUCAGGCGGCAUCAGUCGAUGCAGCGACUGCCCCUGGACCAGAAUGGGUCCGCGUUGGAACCUUCCCUGGACCAGGCCCCGAACAUUGUACCUGACCACCGCGGCAACCUGCACAUCACGGUGAAGAAAUCGAAACCGAUCCUGGGCAUUGCGAUCGAGGGCGGCGCCAACACCAAACAUCCGCUGCCCCGGAUCAUCAACAUCCACGAACACGGGGCAGCAUACGAUGCCGGUGGACUGGAGGUGGGUCAGCUGAUACUGGAGGUCGACGGAAACAAGGUCGAUGGGAUGCAUCAUCAGGACGUCGCACGACUGAUAGCGGAAUGCUUCGCCGCACGCGACAAAAAUGACAUCACGUUUCUAGUAGUCGAAGCAAAGAAAUCAAACCUAGAACCGAAACCAACAGCAUUAAUAUUUUUAGAAGCAUAGCAUUUGCUAUCCCUGCCGGCUAGCGAUCCGGAUAAUCCUGAAGUGCCAGAAAAAGGGAUCGACCUUACCGCUGAUAGAAUGAUGAAGUGAACAUUUUUUUUGUUACACGAACGAAAAAAAAAACGAUUUCCGUUUCCGUUCGCUUUCCGUUUCCGUUCGCUUUCCGUUCCAUUUGCUUCUGUUGGGUUUUCUUUGGCUUCAGCUUAAGUUCUUGUGUUUUCGAUGCAUUGGAUACCGAAUUUUCCAAAAGGAAAUGUUUUCAAAGCUUUGUUUACUUAUUUUUAAAAGUUUAUGAAGAUUUGAAAGAAGUCUUGAAAACAAUUCCUUGACCCUAGAGCUUUCAUGUUAGUAUUGUUUAGUUUUACCUUAACUCUUUAACAAAAUAGCACUAAUUACACGUACUACACUUAUAAGCUAGAAUGAAACUUUAAGAUUAAGAGCUGGAUCUACUCGGGCAAAGGGUGAUGUGUAGAGUUUGGUGAGCUAACUUCACUCACAAAAACAAUGUUAUAGUUAAGGAAGCAAAAGAAACGCAAAAUCACUGCCGUUAUUAUAUAGAUGUUGUGACUGUUAGACAGAACGAAUGAUAAGAAAUUUUCAAUUCUUUCUAUGCUCAGUUAAACUGGAAAUCGGAACAUUUCUGCAAGCAACUUUUGAUUUGCGCAAGCUUGCGGACACAAUCAUUCUAGGCUUCCUUUUAGUAACUUUGCACACGAACGACACAACCCCAAGUAUUAGCGCUCUUUAUCGUUUUCUGUACUUCCGUUUUAAGUUAGUUUGUUUGAUUUACUCGUUAUGGUAUCAAAAGAAAACAAUCAGCAGAAGAGAGAUGAGAGAAAGAAUUCUUUAUUCGCGGUAAUUCAGAGAUAUUCUAGCCGUCAGGGAUGUUACACUGGAGAAUAGAAGUGUAAAUAACCAUCCAUUAAACAGCAAAACAAACGUAAGAUCAAGAGAAAACAAGAAAAAAAAAACAAUAUGACCCAAUCACGUUUGAAAACACAACUUUAACAAAACUGAAAACCAAACGUUUUUCAGUUAAGUCAAACACAUGACACACUGCGCAUUUCUUACAGAAAGCUUUCAAAACUGCUCGAGUAACGCUUAACGUGGCCCAGCUGAAAAGCGCCUUUGGGUAGGCAACGUUUUUGCGAUACCGAAGCAGCCCGGGGAAAACUUCCUACAUAGGGAUGCUCGCAAAACAUUCACACAAACAAACCAAAACAGUACAGUGUUGAUUCGAUAACCGUCACGCAGCCAAAAGACGACUUCGGGUGUAACCAAAGAGUAAUAAAACUUGCAAUAAAUCGAACGAAUCGUCCGUUUCCCGGAUGCCGAGCGACGAUUCCGAGACAGCAUCUGAACAAGUAAACAACAAUUAAAAAUUAAAGAGAGAAAAAAAAACAAACAACCGGGCAAGCAAAGGCACGAUUAAUCAAAGUACAUAAAUAAAUAAAUUCGUUAUUUGUUGACUCGUGGGUAAGUGCGCUUUUUGUUUUCGAACUUUUUCGUUUUUCGGUUCCAAGUAAGCGAUUUUAAAUAGUACGCGCGUAAAUUUAAACAGCAAAUUUAACCAGUUAGCUAACUAUGUAGUUAUAAACAAAACAAAACAAAAAUACGACACGAUGCGUGUGUAUUUUGGCGGAGUAUACUCCACCAAAGUGUGUGCUUUUAUAAUCGGCUAGUGCUCAAACGUGACCGUUAGUUGGGAUUCUAGCUUGGAAUGAAAUGACAGCUGACAACCGCCAACUGUCACGUUUGGGCAAUCUUUGUUGACAAAUGCUUGCGUGAAUUAAAUUUAACAAAAAAAAUAGAUACGGUUAAAUCUUUACUGCUCGUGUGAUAACGAAUUUAUCGGAUAAGUGACACAACAAUCAUUGACAGACUGACAGACAGACAGGCAUACAAAUAUUGGCAGACAAACAACACAAAAUCACCAUAAAUGUCAUCACCAUCACGGACAGACUUAGCAAAAAUUCGAAACAACAAUCACAAAAAUGGUAUGAGUCUAAACACAUUAAUGCUGCGUUCCUUGUUUUCAUUGAUGUAAACAAAAAAAGAAAAAAAAGACAAAACCCAGGAACAACCAUGAAAGUGAAACGAUGCCGCGCAAGCGAUCGUUGAGCGUGUUCUAGGGAAUGAUUGUGUUUUUGCUGAUUUGCUAGUAGCUUUGUAAAUUGUCCUGAACUUGUAUCCUUCCAACGACGACGUCGACAACCGCAACAUCAACAACAACCGCAAAACAACAACCGCAAAUCAAACAACUGGCAGCCUGUGCAACUGUGUGUGUGCGUGUGCGCGUCUGUAUUUGUCUGUAAAAUAUAACAACAAUGCUUCAGAACAUUAGCGCCGCAGCGAGCUUUUAUCGAAUUUGACCGCGGUCGGAGGUGCUUGGCAAAAUGCGUAGCGUGGUGUGCUGUUAUGCCGUGUAAUAGGGAGGCUUCAAAUUUCCUUUCCAAAUAAACAAAAAAAAAAGAUGUUGCCUGGCAACCGACAUCCCACUCCAACGAAUACGCCGCGAAACGAAACGAAGCAGUCAGUGUUGCCAGACAACAAAUGCCAAACCAAACCAAAGUAAACGAGUUGCCCGACUAUAGAGUUUGAAGCUUUCCGCUUGUUUUGUGCUUAAUUAAAUGUAAGGAACCUCAAACAAAAAUUGAUCUUCCGAAUGGCUAAACAAACAAACAACAACCAGAAAAAAAACCAAGAACGAAACGAAAAUUUGAUACUCUAAAGCGAAACUCAAUCUACCUUCUAAAUACAGAAACAUUUGAAGUAAUUUAAAAUAAAAAAAAACCUAACAAAAACAGAAACACAUGAGAAAAUCAGUAACCACGUGCUUAUCGGCACCCACAGUGAUCACAAAAAAACCCACCUGAAGGUAAAAUGUUCUUUCAAAAGUUAAGAAACAAAAAAACAAAACAAAACCCGCGCAAACCGGUAACAAGGGCAAAAACGUAAGGAAAACAAAUCAGUGAAACCAGAGCGCUUCACAAACAAGGAAACAAUCAUAACCGAACGAAAAAAUGAGAAAAAAACGUACAGCUUAACGAUGUGCUUGUGAAGAUUUAAAAGUUGAUUUAAAACAAAUUUAAAAAAAAAACUACGAUAUAGAAAAACAUGUUACGAAACGAAUGUGAUGAGGCAACCAAUUGAAGUAGUUUUUGCGAUUCAAAAGCUUCACCACGACGGAACAAUUGUAAGUUUCAGUGAGAACUUGAUCUAUUAUUUCGAUGGAAGCUUGCUGUGAUAAAUGGUCGAAAAAAUACAGAACGCAAACGUGGAAAUUAGUGAAAAUCAAGCUCAAUUCUGACUGGAGUUCAUAUUUUCUGAUGAAACUUUUGUUUGAUCUGGAAAAUUCGUCGAUUUCUCAUCUUACUUAAUACACAUUUUGAACUCGAUUUCCAAAUUCGAAUGGUGAAUACGAAUUCCAAAUUCGAAUUGUAAAUCUGAUUUCUGAAGCCGAAUUCUAAAUGCUAAUUCUGAAUCAGAAUUCUGAACUCGAAUUCUGAAUCCAAAUUUUAAAUCUAAGUUUUGAAUCUCAAUUUAAAAUUCGAAAUCUGGAUCCGAAUUCUGAAUCCGACUUCUGAAUCAGCAUUCUAUUUUCGAAUUCCGAAACCACAUACUGAAUCCAAAUUCUGAAUCAGAACUCUGAAUCCGACUACUUAAUGCUAAUUCAAAAUCCGAAUUCUGAAACAGAAUUCUAAAUCCGAAUUUUGACCCGAAACUCUGAAUCCGAAAUCAGAAUCAUACUUCUGAAUCCGAAUUCUGAAUCCGACGUUUGAAUGCUAAUUCUGAAUCCGAAUUCUGAGUCCGAAUUCUGAUUCUGAAUUCUGAAUCCCAAUUCUGAAUCCAAAAUCUGAAUCUGAGAACUUCAUCAAUACUUAAAACGAAUACUUAAUCAAAAGUCUGAAUCCGAGUUCUAAAUUCGAAUUCGGAAUUCAAAUUCUGAAUUUUAAUUUUGAAUUCGACUUCUGAAUCCGACUUCUGAGUCCGACUUCUGAGUCUGACUUCUGAGUCCGACUUCUGAGUCCGACUUCUGAGUCCGACUUCUGAGUCCGACUUCUGAGUCCGACUUCUAAGUCCGACUUCUGAGUCCGACUUCUGAGUCCGAUUUCUAAAUCCGACUUCUGAGUUCGACUUCUAAGUACGACUUCUGAGUCCGACUUCUAAAUCCAACUUCUGAAUCCAAAUCUGAAUCCGAAUUCUGAAUCCGACUUCUGAAUCUGCAUUCUGAAUCUGAUUUCUGAAUCAGAAUUCUUAAUCCGAAUUCUGAAACCGACUUCUGAAUUCGACUUCUGAAUCCGACUUCUGAAUCCGACUUCUGAAUCCGACUUCUGAAUCCGACUUCUGAAUCCGAAUUCGGAAUCUGACUCUGAAAUCCGAAUUCUAAAUUCUAAUUCUGAUUUAAAAUCUGAUCGAAAAUUGGAAUCCGCAUUCCGAAACCGAAAUCUGAUUCCGACUUCUGAAUCCGAAUUAUGAAUCAGAAUUCUGAAUUCGACUUCUGCAUCUGAGUUCUGAUCCGAAUCCUUAAUCCGACUUCUGAAUGCUAAUUCUGAAUCCAAAUUCUGAAUCCGAAUUCUGAAUGCAAAUACUGUAUCAGUAUUUUAAAUCCGAAUUCUGAAUCCAACUUCUGAAGCUGACUUCUGAAUUCAACUUCUUAAUCCGACUUCUGAAUCCGAUUUCUUAAUCCGAAUUUUUGGUGCGAAUUCUGAAUUCGGAUUCGUAAUCCGAAUUUUGUUUCCGAAUUCUGAAUCCGAACUCUGAAUCUGAUCUGAAUUCUGAGUUCGACUUCUGAAUCCGGCUUCUGAAUCCGAAUUCUGAAUCAGAAUUCUGAACUUGAAUCCAAAAUCCAAAUUCUGAGUCCGAAUUUUGAAUCCGAAUUUUGAAUCCGACUUCUGAAUCCGACUUCUGAAUCCAAAUUCUGAAUCCGACUUCUGAAUCCGACUUCUGAAUCCGAAUUUGGAAUCCAAAUUCUUAACCUGAAUUUUAAAUCUGAAUUCUUGAUCCGAAUUCUGAAUCCAAAUUUUGAAUUCGACUUCUGAAUCCGAAUUCGGUAUUCGACUUCGAAAUCCGAAUUCUUAAUUGAAAUUCUGAAUAAGAAUUCUGAAUCCGAAUUCUGAAUCCGAAUUCGGUAUUCGACUUCGAAAUCCGAAUUCUUAAUUUAAAUUCUGAAUAAGAAUUCUGAAUCCGAAUUCUGAAUCCGAAUUCGGUAUUCGAAUUCGAAAUCCGAAUUCUUAAUUUAAAUUCUGAAUAAGAAUUCUGAAUCCGAAUUCUGAAUCCAAAUUCUGAAUCCGAAUUUUGAAUCCGACUUCUGAAUCCGAUAUCUGAAUCCAAAUUUGGAAUCCGCAUUCUGAAACCGAAUUCCGAAUCCGACUUCUGAAUGCUAAUUCUGAACCAGUAUUUUAAAUCCGUAUUCUGAAUCCGGAUUUUGAAUCCAACUCUUGAAUCGGACUUCUGCAACCUAUUUCUUAAUGCGAAUUCUGAAUCCGAAUUUUGUAUGCGAAUUCGGAAUCCGAAUUCUGAAUCUGAUCUGAAUUCUGAGUUCGACUUCUGAAUCCGGCUUCUGAAUCUGAAUUCGAAAUAAGAAUCCUUAAACCAAAUUCAGAAUUCGACUUUUGAAUCGGACUUCUGAAUCAGAAUUCUGAAUCCGAAUUUUGAAUCCUAAUACUAAAUUCGAAGUUUGGAUUCGAAUUCUGAAUCCAAAUUCUUAAUCCAAAUUCUGAAUUCCUUUUUUUUUCUUUUUUCUCAGGGAUUUUAAACCAAGUAAAUUCUGAAUUCGAAUUCUGAACUAAAGUCCAAAAUCCAAAUUCUUAGUCCGCAUUGUGAACCUGAAUCUAAAUCCGAUUUCUGAAUCCAAAUUCAAAAACCAAAUUCUGAAUUUCGAACUUCAAUUCAAAAUCCGAAUUCUGAGUCCGAAUUCUGUACCUGAAUUUUGAAUUCGAAUUCCGAAGCCGACUUCUGAAUCCGAAGGUUGGAUCCGAAUUUUGAAUCCGACUUCUGAAUCCGAAUUUUGAAUCCUAAUACUAAAUUCUAAGUUUGGAUCCGAAUUUUGAAUCCAAAUUCUGAACCUGAAUUUUAAAUCUGAAUUUUUGAUCCGAAUUCUAAAUCCAAAUUCUGAAUCCAAAUUCUGAAUCGAAAUUCAUUAUUCGAAUCCUAAAUCCGGAUCCGACAUCUGAAUAAAAAUUCUGAAUCCGAAUUCCAGAGCCGAAUUCUGAAUGCGAAUUCUGAUCCGAAUUCUGAAUCCAACUUCUGAAUGCAAAUUCUGAAUCAGAAUUCUUAAUCCAAAUUUUGAAUCUGAAUCCUGAAUUCGAAUUUGAAAUCCGAGGUUUGGAUCCGAAUUCCGAAUCCGACUUCUAAAUCCGAAUUCUGAAUUCGACUUCUGAAUCCGAAGUCGAGUAAUGAAUUCGAUUUCUGAAUUCGAACUCUUAAUCCAAAUUCAGGAUCUAACAUCUGAAUCAAAAUUCUGAAUCCAAAUUUCGAUACCUAAUCCAAAUUAUGAAUCCAACUUCUGAAUGUGAAUUCAGAAUCAGAAUUUUGAAUCCGAAUUCUGUAUCCGAAUUCUGUAUCCGAAUUCUGUAUCCGAAUUCUGAAUCUGAAUUCUGAAUCCGAAUUCUGAAUGCGAAUUCAGAAUCCGAAUUCUGAAUCUGAAUCCUGAAUCCGACUUCUGAAUCUGAGUUCUGAAUCCUUAUUCUGAAUGCGAAUUCUGGACCCAAAUUUUGUAUUCGAGUUCGGAAUCCCUAUUCUAAUCUGAAUUCGGAAUCCGGCUUCGGAAUCAGAAUUCUGAAUAAGAAUUCUUAUUCCGAAUCUGAUUUCUGAAUUAAAAUUUCGAAUUCGAAUUCUGAAUCCGAAUUCUGAAUCCGAAGUCUGUAUCCGAGCGAAUCCAAAUUCUAAAUCUCUAUCUGAAUUUUUAGCAUCAGAUUUCCGUUUCAAAAUUUAUCAUCGGGAUUUUGAAGCCGAUUAGCGAAAACUGAGUUCCAAAUCCUUUUCCGAAUUCGCAUUAUGAAUCUGGAAUCCAAGCUCCAAUUCACUCAAAAAUCACUUUAUUGAAUUCAUCAUCAGAAUUGAAAUAUUUUCCAAACGCGAAAAACUUAUGCCGAAGUUUUCGUCUUGAGUUGAUGAUUUUUAUUGCCAUUAACAAGCAGUGAUGCCAGUUUUUUUUUAAAUUUUUUUAAUCUUUACAGAAUAACUUUUUCUUAAAAAAAACUAGACACCCAGUCAGAUUUUCAAAACAAAUUGAAUCAUUCGUAUUCGAUUCCAAAUAGAUCAUUGCGACACUCAAUGGAAUCUUAUGACCUAAACAAAAGAAAGGGAAAGUAAACAACUGCAUGAAGCUUCAUAUAUAGCAUCUUUGUGCGCAUAGAAUCCAUAUACCAUAGAACUCAAAACAGUCUGAUCGAUGUGUAAGCAAAAAAGGCAAAGGGUUUAUUGAAAUUCUAACAAACAACUCCAAGUCAACGAGCUCUGGAGUGAGUGUAUGUGUGCAGAAAAGACAUAAAAAAAACUGACGAAAACGAUGAAUUAUAAAACGUACGAGUGAUGUAAAUAGACGGUGCAUUUAUACAAAACUAGCAGAUCAGUUAGAUAAGGGCAAGGUAACAAAUCAAUGCUACAUUAUCGCAAUAGCAAACUCAACGCUGAAUAUCUCAUUGUUUAAAAUAAACAAACCCAUUUAAUAAAACAAGAUAAAGAGAAGUAAAAAAAAACAAAAACGCAUAUACUCAAUCCAAAAACAAAGCAAACAAACACAAACAAAACAAAAUACUAACUUAUAUGAAUGUAGCAGUGAAAGGUGAAAAAGGUAGCGUAUCUGUCACCGUUUUCUCUUUUCGCAAAAAAAAAAAAACAACUAAAAGAGAUAGCUAGCAGAAUGGCGACCGCGCAUUGUUUACGUGUAGGCUAAGGCAAGCUGUUAAACGAAUACUAGGGUAAGCGAGAGAGAGAGAGAGAGAGAGAGAGAGAGAGAGCGAAUGCGAACGAGAGAGAAAAUUCGAGGAGUUAAAUUGAAGCGAGAGAAAGCAGAAUCACUCGUACUUACCGAUAUUAAUCUAUAUAUACAAACAAACAAAAAAAAACUCAACUGCAGAAAACAACAGCUAAAGUCGACUAAAGGAAUAGAUUUUUUUAAAACUCGAGCUGAUCUCCAGAUCAACCAAACUCACUGUGAAUAGUUCAUUAUCGGAGGCUUAAACUUACAUACAACAAACAAACAAAAAUAUUCACCAGUAAACAGAAAAAAAAAUCUUAACAAACAGAAACGAAUUGAUGUUUUCCACAUGGAACAAAACCAGUAUAAACAGAUAAGUUCCAAAUCAAAGACAGAACCAGAAAACACAACCUCAAUGUUUCGAUUACACCCUCAAGCGAAUAUAACCGAAUGAAAACAAACAAAAACAAAAGAUAUUUAAAGUAGAUCAAUCCACAAUCGGGACAAAAAAAAUCCUUGAGGAACGAUAUUGUUGUUGACAAAUUAUAUUUUUAACAAUCGAAUGAGGAAUUUAAAGUUCGUUUUUGUUAAAUCGCUUCCGGAGCUUCGGUCACAAAAUUCCAAUCAAAACUCACGCAAAAACUGUACAACUAUUGUUUUCUGUUAGACAAUUCGGACACCCUAAACAUUUUCGGUACCAAAAACACUGGACACUAGCCCAAUUGCUUCAUCUUAUCUGCAAAUUAAAAACAAAUGUAUGAAAAAAAAACGGGAGCUAAAAUCUGCAACCAUCAGUAGCUGUGUCAAGAAACCUUUGUAAUAUACAAACAAAAACAUCAACAAAAAACAUGUAAACAAACCAGAAACAUCUACAACACGCUAAACUGCGGCUAAUCGAAAGCAAGGGUAAACUAUACUAAGAAUAAACAAAUAAAAAAAAAAUAACAAAAACAAACAAAAAA